UGAUUCGGGGCGCGGCAGCAGCCUGUUGGACAGAGCCGUCGCAGACAGACGGCAGCUCAACGCCAUGACGCUGCCUGACUUCAGCGACCCUGAGACCGGCGGCCUUCCGGACGCUAACACUCUUGGUUUUUCCUCCAUAUUUUCUGUUUGCUCUGUUCACGCCACGUCCAUCGCAGCCAGCCGGGUGGAGCAGGCUCUGUCGGAGGUCGCCUCAUCCCUGCAGAGCAGCGCCCCCAAACACGGACCCCUGCACCCCUGGAUGACGCUGGCUCAGAUCUGGCUUCACGCAGCCGAGGUGUACAUCGGCAUGUCGAAGCCCGCAGAGGCCACGGCGUGCACGCAGGAGGCGGCCAACCUCUUCCCCACGUCGCACAACGUCCUGUACAUGAGGGGCCAGAUCGCAGAGCUGAAGGGCAACAUGAGCGAGGCCAAGCGCUGGUACGAGGAGGCCCUGUCCAUCAACCCCACCCACGUCAAGACCAUGCAGAGGCUGGGUCUGAUUCUGCACCAGUUGCAGCGCUACAGUCUGUCUGAGAAAGUCCUGAGGGAUGCCGUGCAGGUCAACAGCACGGCUCACGACGUGUGGAACAGUCUGGGCGAAGUGCUGCAGGCUCAGGGAAAUGCCGCCGCCGCCACCGAGUGUUUCCUCACUGCCUUGGAGCUGGAGGCCAGCAGCCCUGUCCUGCCUUUUACCAUCAUCCCCCGAGCGCUAUGAGACGCUCACACACACCUGCACACACACACCUGCACAGCCGUUCCUCUCACUGUAAAUAUAUUUCCCUCCUCUGUGUGUUCGUGCUGGAGUCUGUGCAUGCACCUCCGUGUCCAUGUGCCAACGUGUUUACCGUGUUUGUGUAAAUAUGUUUUGUCGUUACAUUCGGUAACUUUUUGUUUACAUCUUUUGGUCCAAAGAGACACACGAAUAUUUGAUUUAAAAAAAAAGGCUGAUUAUUGGCAGGAAAACGGUUUUUAUUUCCUUUUAACGAGCCAAAUAUCUGUUACUGAAACACGUUUAUUUGUUGCUGUUCUGUUACCGUACGGCGGACGGAGACGGAGCCCUGCGCUCGGUCGGUAAAUGCCAAAAAUCUGGGUGCGUUCACGCAGAAAAUCUGAUUUAUAUGUUUGGUAUUCAUUGCAGUUUCCUGUCAGCUGUUUUCCAUAGAAACAAACACGUAAUAGUUGGUAUUUAUUUACAAAUUUAACUCACAACACAGUCGAUAUGAGAAAUAUAUUUUUUUAAACAAGACUUUGCAAUGAGUUCCUUUAAACUGAAACUAACUUUGAUUCACGUGCAGCUUUUUUUUGUUUGUUGUAUUUGAGUUUUAAUCUGAAAACUCCAGCUGUAAAAAGUUAAAUUAACAGAAAAGUUCAGUUGAAUCUGUUGCUUCUUUUUCCAAAUCAAACAUUCUGUGUGAACGCAUCCAGCAUUUGUGUCUUUGCAUCCUAUUUUUUUUUUACUUGAUUAUAAGAAACAGAGUUGUUAUAUCUGACUGUCCCUCAUGUUUCAUUCUUUGAGAGUAAAUUAUAAAUCUAUUUUCUGAGGUUGAUUCUGUCCGAUCAAUCAGUGAGUCCUUGUUGCUGUAAAUCAACGACUGACACUAGAAUAUUAAAGGAAAUUAUAAUUAAAA